GAUUCGCAGGUCUCAAAUCCCUCGAAGGAGACGAAGAAGAAGAGCGAUGGCUCGGAGAGGAAGAGACGACGCCACGGAUGAGUUCGACGACUACGAUCCCACGCCCUAUGGCGGAGGAUACGAUCUUGCGAUCACCUUUGGCCGUGCUCUCCCGGCCUCGGAGGAGACCUGCUACCCCAUCUCCUCCUCCUCCGGCGUCGACUACGACCGGCCGCAUUACUCCUCCGGAUCUGUCUCCUCCGAUUACGUCGGCGGAGAUUACGAGACGCCUGAGUACGGUUACUCCAAGCCUAAGCCUAAGCCGCAGCCGAACCUCAAGCCCCAGCAGGAGGUCGAGGAAGGCGAAUCAGGCGGUUACGGUGGCUUCGGCGGUCGCCGGCCACAACCCAACCCUGGUUACGAGUAUAGUGGGAAGCAGGAGUACGGAUCUGGUUACGGAGGUGGAAGGCCCAAUCGUGAAGAAGAAUCUGAGUACGGAUCUGGUUACGGUGGUGGAAGGCCCAAGCGAGAAGAAGAAUCGGAGCACGGAUCUGGUUAUGGUGGUGGGAGACCUAAACGCGAUGAGUACGGGUACGACCAACCCAAGCCCUACGGAGAAGAGGGGGCUGGGCAAGGGUAUGGCUAUGAAAGUGGAAACAAAUACCAGGGUGGAGGUCGGCAGUCGCACCAGGGUGAGGAGCAUAGCUAUAGCUCGAAUCCGAGUUAUCAGAGGCCGAGCUACGGCGGAGAGGAGGAGAUUGGGAGGUAUAAUAAACCGAGCAGAUAUGAUCAAGGUGAAGAGUAUGGUCGCCCUAGCUAUGGCAACUCUGGGUAUGAUCCUGAUCAAGGCGAAGGAUUUGCACGCCCUAGCUAUGGUGGUAACGCCUACGGUGAGGAAAAGAAGCAUCGUCAUCACCAACACAGGUACACUGAUGAUGAAUGAACGGCCUCCAGGUUCCUAAAUGCUCUGUUUGCUGCGUUGCCCCAGAACAUCUACUAGCUAAAUAAAGUUUGGGAUAUAUGGUAUGCCUUAAUAUUUGCUUUCUAUGCAAAAACUAUUUGCAAUGUUUAGCUGUUUGAAUAAUUAAUUUCCUAGCCACUCUGGUCUUGACUGCUGUGGGGUUAUGAAACACCAAUUUUAAACAUAUUAAAAAACUAAUUAGCGUCCGGGCAAUUGACGCGUGUUCCGUCCGAAAUUGUAAGAUGACGGAGACGUGUCGAUGGCCUCACCCCAUGGUUUCCUGUACCACUGCAGUGCGACUAGACUUUACCAUCGCCCGUCGAAAUCCACCGUUUUAUGUACGACGAGGUGACUAUUAAUUCACCAUUAUUGCGCUUCCCUUCCCGGUCGCACUCAACGCCGUGUCGCAACGAGAGGAGAAGCUGCAGUAGAAGGGCAUUGGGUUGGGGAAAGAGAUAAAACAGAGCGCAGAGCAGUGAUUGACUAGGAGGCAUUUCGAGG